AUGGAGAACUCAACAGCUGUCCCGCCCAUGCCGGUCUCGUACGCCUCCGCGCUUAAGAGAAACUCCCCCGGCCCAGCAGCUGCACCCGCUACUCCACCAAGUUCUCCUUCUUUGUCUCCACCUCCUUCUUCAAUCAUUUCCUCUCCACUUCCUCCCACUUUACCGACGCCCCCACCAUCACCCGAGACUCCCCCGUCCUCUCCUGAUGACAGCACCACUGCCAAAGAGCCUCACUGGGCAUUUCCAGGCAGGCUCGCAUGGCUGGGCACUGGACGUAUCGGGCCUAGCUCGGUUAUCCACAAGCGUCUCAGAAGCCAGGAGCUUAUCGACGGGUUUGAGAACCAUCCGGUUCUCAUCUGGAGUGCCCCUAACGAAGAUGGGAUUGCAAAAAUCAUCCCAAUCACUAGUUAUGGCGGCAAACGGGUCGAGGUAAAGUGGUCAAAAAUGAGGGAUGGCCAGCUCAAAUGGGUCAAGCUGCAGCAGUUGCUCAUGUUCGAGCAUGGCAAGGAGAGGCCGCAUCGCGGUACAGAGAGACUUCUUUUCACCAAGCCUAUCUCAUGCCGCAAGAGGUCGUACUUGCACAUUGAGCACGGUAUUUUCAAGAUCGAGGUUGACUGCCUCGAGCCGUACACAGUUGGCUUCGAUACCGCGCCCACAAUUACCGGUUCCUCGAUGAGCUACAUCUUCAAUCAGCUCUUUCGCUUUGUCGAUCCUCGUCUCUGGAUUGGCGUUCAGGAACUGGUAGAGUUGCAACAGACAACAGAUUCCGAAUCCGAUUCGGAGGAUGAUCUCACAGCCCCAUGGCGCAAGCUGUAG